AUGGUAGGUUCUCUGUCUCGAGCUGGCAAGGCUCCACUUUGGUUGACCAAAGAUGUCUUAAAAACUUCUGAGAUCGCACGCUUGAUCAACGGGACACCCCGCUCAGCGGACGCCCAAUCCUUCCUGGUUGCGUCAUGCUCUGGAAGGACUUUUGCAGAGGCCCAUGAGGACCCUUGGGACCCCCGGCACUUGCGACGAGUGCACUCCAGUGCGAGUUCGCAAGCACGCCCUGACUUUUCGGACGCCCAUGGUCCUGAGGAGUCCGCUGAGCCUGGCGCCAGGCCAGCUGCAGGGCUUGGGCAAGGCCGCGACGGAUUAUCGUAUGCAACGCACAUGCCUCUGACGCCGCUGCAAACCGCAGCCGUCGCAGUCGGUUCAGCUUUUGGGGCGUUGAGGCAUCCGGACAGGGCUGACCUGGUAGCGGCCCUGGGGGAGACCACCGGGUUGUUGGCGUUCCGACGCAUGCGGGAGCGGAUGCAGCGGGACCCCGAGGGUCGCUCCAUCCUGGCGGACCGGCCGCGCAUCACGGCUGCCAGCGUUGCGCACGCCUGGGACCUGCCCCCGGGGACGUUUGGGGCAGCGUAUGCGCAGUUCAUGGGGUCAAGGAACUUCAGCGCGGACGAGCGGCCACCGGUUCGUUUUGUGGACGAUCCCGAGCUGGCGUAUGUUGCGGUGCGCAGCCGCGAGGUGCACGACUUUUGGCACGUCCUCUUUGACUGCCCUACCACCGUCACUGGGGAGCUGGCGCUCAAGAUGGUCGAGUUUGUGCAGACGGGCAUGCCGAUGUGUGCGCUGUCUGUCUUGGGUGGGCCGUUCCGGCUCCCGCCUCAGAAGCGGCAGCUGCUGCUGACACACUGUGCACCGUGGGCUCUCAAGGCGGGAACGCGGGCGGCCGACCUCAUGUGUCUCCGUUAUGAAAACCAUUUGGAGGAGGAUCUCGAACAACUGCGCAGGAGAUGGAAGAUUCUUCCCAGCAAUCCUGCACCUUCUCGCAAGAAGCCUUGAUGUUCAAUGUGUGGGCAUUCGACAGACAUCAGUUCUGUACAUUUUGGGGAGUUUGGCAAUCGCUCUAUCUUGCAGGGCAGCUGGCAUUCCUGAUACGACUUUCAGUGGAGUGCGCUGAACCUCGUGGUAAGGUUUUUGGAAUUGGUGGUCGAUUGCGAAGAAAGAAGGUCCACAGGCCCGCACGGAACCUCGUUUAGGGUCGUAUCUUGAUGCAACGUACUUGCAUAAAAGAUUGCGUCAAGCUCCUGAUGCACUGUACCUAUGCAGGUCAAUCUAGCUGGCAGGCCGGGCAGAUCAUAGCAAAUGAAUUAUAAGGUACACUAAGAAUCGCAUGCGUGUCUAAGAAGAUGUAUAUACUGGUGCAUAUUCGUUCUAAAAG